CCUUGACGUGUCCUGCCGCGGAUUGGCCGCCGGCCGAUAGGAUCUCCGCGGCCCCGCGUUAAGGCGGGGGAGCGCGCAGCGCCCAGGCAGAGCGCUUCCCGGUAAUCCCCCGUACACCCGCCCGGGCGCAGAGCGCUCCCCGGUAAUCCCCGGUACUCCCGCCCGGGCAGUGCCCGGCGCAAAGCGCUUCCCAGUGACCUUGCUCUGCCACCCCCAGUACUCCCACCCGGACACAGAGCACUUCCAAGUCCGCCGGGUACUCCCGUCCCAGGCAGCUCCCAGCCGAGCCGCCUCUCUGCCGUUUGGCCAUGGAGUACACGCCGCCCCCCGCCAAGCCGCAGCUCUCCUCCCGGGCCAAUGCUUUCUCCAUCGCCGCCUUGAUGUCGAGUGGCAGCUCCAAGGACAAGGAGUCCCCAGAGAGCACCAUCAAGCCCCUAGAACAAUUCGUUGAGAAAUCCUCUUGCGCCCAGCCUUUGAGUGAUUUAUCCAGCCUGGACCCUCACGGGGAAUUUAGCAGCAGCCCUUCGUCGCUGUGCACUGAGCCCCUCAUCCCCACCACCCCCAUCAUCCCCAGCGAGGAAAUGGCCAAAAUCUCCUGCAGCUUGGAGACCAAAGAGCUCUGGGACAAAUUUCACGAACUGGGUACCGAGAUGAUCAUCACCAAAUCGGGGAGGAGAAUGUUUCCUACGAUCAGGGUUUCCUUCUCGGGAGUGGACUCUGAAGCCAAGUACAUUGUGCUAAUGGAUAUCGUUCCUGUGGACAAUAAAAGAUACAGAUAUGCCUACCACAGGUCUUCCUGGUUAGUGGCUGGCAAAGCUGACCCUCCGCUCCCUGCAAGGUUGUAUGUGCACCCUGACUCCCCAUUCACAGGAGAGCAACUGCUGAAGCAGAUGGUGUCCUUUGAAAAAGUCAAACUCACCAACAACGAGCUGGAUCAGCAUGGCCAUAUCAUUUUGAACUCCAUGCACAAGUACCAGCCAAGAGUCCACAUCAUUAAGAAGAAGGAUCACACAGCUUCAUUGCUUAACCUGAAAUCAGAAGAGUUCAGGACCUUUAUCUUCCCAGAGACUGUUUUUACUGCUGUCACUGCCUACCAGAACCAGCUGAUAACCAAGUUGAAAAUUGACAGCAACCCUUUUGCUAAAGGAUUCCGGGACUCUUCCAGACUCACUGAUAUCGAGAGAGAAAGCGUGGAGAGCCUUAUCCAAAAGCAUUCCUAUGCCAGAUCCCCCAUUCGAACCUAUGGAGGAGAAGAUGAUCUUGGAGAUGACAGCCAGGGAACACAAAGCAGAGGGUCAGCCUUUACAACAUCUGAUAACUUGUCCCUCAGUUCCUGGGUGUCCUCCUCAACCAGUUUCCCUGGAUUUCAGCACCCCCAGUCUUUGAGCGCCCUGGGUACCAGCACCGCAUCCAUAGCCACACCCAUUCCUCACCCAAUCCAAGGAUCCCUGCCUCCCUACAGCCGCCUGGGAAUGCCUCUUACGCCCUCUGCUAUAGCCAGCUCCAUGCAAGGUAGUGGCCCCACUUUCCCUUCCUUCCACAUGCCCAGGUACCACCAUUAUUUCCAGCAGGGUCCUUAUGCAGCCAUCCAGGGACUGCGCCACUCCUCGGCAGUGAUGACGCCGUUCGUAUGAGCGACGGAAGGCCAGAGGAACACCAGGCUGGGAGCCUGCAUGCUUGGGAUGAAUAAGACAAAGGGACCUUCCUGGAAGGCCUGUGGCAGGAGUGCUGAACUCAUAACAAACCAGCUAAGAAAAUGCAUCAUGGAUAUUGGAUUCCUCUGCUGAGGAAUCACAAGAAGAGAGCAUCGCGGCUCAGAGCUGCUCACGGAAGAAAUGGCUCCCAAAGUUCCCCAGGGAGUUCUGGUCCAAA